UCAAAGCAAAAUGUCGAUCGAUCCUGCCAUUCCUGUUGCAUCUUUUGCAUGGGAUGUCUUGAAGUGGGUAGUUGUUCCUGUCAAGCGCCAAUUCGGAUACGUGAUCUCCUCCAAGAGCUACGCCCAGGAUCUUUGGAAGGAAGUCGGGAAGCUGACGUACGAGGCUGAGAGGAUCCACAAUGCCGUCGAAGUGGCCAGAAACAAUAUUCGGACGGUCUACAGUCUAGUCACCGAUUGGCACGAGAGUGCAGAGAAGGCCUUGAAGGAGGCGAGAGAGCUGUUGGAAGAGUUCGAAAAAGCGAGUAAGAGUUGCUGCUACGGGACUCUUCCCGACCCCAAUUGUCGCUAUCAGUUCAGCAGAAAGGCCAAGGAUAAGAUCGAGCUCCUUCAGCGACUCGCUCGAGAAUGCAGUGAAUUCAGGGACAUCUCCUCCAUUGAUCCUGCUCCGGGGAAUGUCACUGCACCGACUUCGGACUCUGAUUUGACUAUCUUCUCAGGGUGCAUUCCCAAAUCUACGAGAGCUAAGAUUGGAUUUAUCCGGACAGAUGGAGAUAUGAGUUUAACCAACUUGGAAAAGCUCGUUCUAUGCGAAUCUCAUCUAGAGAAGCUGAGCAGAAAUGUGGAAGCCGUAGAAGACCCAAGUCAUGAGCUAUUACCCUCGUCAAGAUACUUUCAACAUCUAAAGACUCUAGAUGUGUCACAUUGUGAUGGUCUAUCAAGUAUGUUCACACCGACCAUGGCUAAAAACCUGGCGGAACUCAUAGAGUUGAGGAUACGAAAUUGUAAAAUGUUGAAAGAAGUUAUUAGUGACGAUGGGGGCAAGGAGGGGUAUGCAGUGACUUUCAAUCAGUUGAAGCACAUACAACUUGAUGGGUUGACAAGGUUGAGUUGUUUUAGCUCAAGCGAAUACACUUUGGUGUUCCCUCUCUUGGAAGAUGUCAUGGUGAGUGGAUGUCCCAACAUGCAGUCCUUCUCCAAAGGACCAAUAGUUGCGCCAAAGCUGGAGAGAAUACAAGUAGAAACACAAGCAGAUCCAAAGCCUCAACAUGAAGUGUGGUUUUGGAAGGAAAACCUCAACACCACUAUCCAAAAUAUGUUUGAAGAAAUGGCUACGAUUGCUAGAGUAAAGUUUAUGUGGCUGUCUGAGUUCCCUAAGCUGAUUGGAAAGUGGCAUAGUGAACUCAAUCCUAUCAAGUCAUCUUGGCAAUUAGAAAGACUGGCGGUGGAUAAUUGUCCAUCAUUUGUUAACGCUAUUCCAUCCAAAUUGAUGCUUGUUUUAGAGAAAAUGACAACGUUGCAAGUGUGCAAUUGCGAGUCUUUGGAAGAAAUAUUCGAUCUUGAAGGGCUUGAGCUUGUGGAAAUCAGUCGGGUGCUGCCUCAGCUACAAGAUUUGGGCUUGGUCAAUCUACCGAAGUUGAGGCAACUAUGGAACAAAGAUCUUCAAGGAACGAUGCGCUUCAGUUCUCUAUUUUCUCUGACCCUUUAUAAUUGCAGCAACUUGAUAUAUGCUUUCACUCCAUCGAUGGCUCAAUGCCUUGCAAAUCUACGCGAGAUUGAAAUAAAGGAGUGUGGUGAAAUGGAAGAAGUGAUCGCAGAGGAAGAAGGGCAUGUAAGCGUGGUGGAGAAGAUCACAUUCCCGAUGCUCUAUAUGAUGACGCUGGAAUGCUUGCCCAAUUUAACUAGUUUCCUCUCAGGAAAGAAUCAUACGCUGGAUUGUCCUAGCUUAACAGUGUUGACCAUUGCCCACUGCCCCGAGAUGAGAAGUUUGACUUGGCAUUCUUGGAUGCAGGUUGAUCAGGAUACCCCUUCCCUCUUCACUCCACAGGUACAAUUUCCCAUGCUUAAAUCGAUAGUUCUCUCCCACAUGGACAAAUUGAGCAAAAUAUGGACCUGCGGCCCUCAAGGAACUUUCACUUUUAAAUACUUGCAGAAAGUGGAGGCUCAGAACUGUAAGAACCUUGAAAUUUUGUUUCCACAUUGGGUGGCUACAAGUCUAACCCAACUUGAGGAACUUCGAGUGGAGUCUUGUGGACCUGAGGAAAUAGUCUCGAGCGCGAGUGGAGAUGACAGUCCACACUCUAUUGCUGCUCAAUUUCUUUUCCCAGUAUUGACUUCUCCGGUAUUACAUGAUAUGCCACAACUCAAGAGCUUCUGCCCUAACUUGCUCACUUUGCAUCGGCCAUUCUUGAAGGAAUUGCGAGUGACCCAUUGUGAAAAAAUGAAUAUGUUGUCCUUUCCGGUUCAGAAGGACAUUCCCACCUUAGAGAGGCAUUUAUUAGUCGAUAAAGAUAUUCAGAGGAUACAAAAUGAAAUUUUUUUUGAUGACAUUGACAAGCGAGAAGCACUAACAUUGGCAUGCUUUCAUGAUGAAAGGGCGGGUUUCCCUUCUAACAUCCUCCUCCAGAUAUUUCCCAAUUUAAAAAGCCUUGAGGUCUUCCGUAGUUCCUUUGAAGAUAUAUUCCCUGAUGGAGGACUUGUGGAUGAGGGAAAACAUCCGGUGCUUGAAAACUUAAAAGAACUUAAGUUGAACAAGCUACACAACCUUAAGCGAGUCCGGAAAGAAGACUAUUUAAUCACAAAAGUGCUUCAAAGCAUCGACAAAUUUGAGGUUUGCGAUUGUCCUGGUUUGACAACAUUAUUUCCAGUUGUGACAUCCUUUCGGAAUUUGACGGAGUUAGUGGUGAAGAGUUCUUCCGGAUUGGUACAUCUCUUGACAGUUUCAGCGGUCGCAAAUUUGGUGCAUCUCACAGACAUGACUAUAAUAGAAUGUGAAAGAAUGAGAGAAGUAGUGGCAAAUGAUGAAAACGGAGAAGGAAAAGUGAUUUCUUUUGGGAUGCUAAAGUGGUUGACACUCCAAGAUCCGCAAAGCCUGGAAUGCUUCUGCUCCACCACAAGUUGCAUCUUGAGGUUUCCAUCCUUGAUAGGGAUUGUAGUGGAAGAGUGCCCAAAAAUGAAGAUCUUUUCCAAUGGUACGCUGAGCACGCCACAACUACGGUAUAGGGGACUGCUCGGAUACGAAUUGGAUGAGAACCGGGAUGGUGAUCUCAAUACAGCCAUACAAAAGUUAUCAGCAUAA